AUGUUUUCCUCAUCAGAUCUACGAUUUUGGAGCAAUGCAAACGAUUCGGCACUGCUGCUACCUGGUGUGACCCAUGCUCACCAUCUUCCCUGGCCAGACACACUACGACAGUCCAGGGUGCCGCCGUCCAGUCCACCGAGGUAUUUCCUGACGUUUCAGGGGCUCUGGAAUGUUGGCAAGGGUGGCACGUCUUUUGUUCGCUUGAACAUGGCAGCUAUACUGAACAGCACCAAAAAGCUGCCGAAAGCCAUGAAAAGCUCUGCCGGCGAACCGCUGCCCCUGCCCUCAGUGAGUUAUGAACCUCCUUCGGAUGUCUUCAUAUCCAUCGCAGGCCAAGAGCCGCAUUUCAAGGAGAAACGACAUUACUAUUCACUGUUCGAUUCUGCCUACAGCCUCGUCAUGCACGGCCAUGGCAGGUGGAGCUACCGGCUGAUGGAAUGCUUGAGUGGGGGAGCGAUACCGGUAAUUAUGGCCGAAGGUUGGUGUCUCCCGUAUGAAGAACUGAUUGAUUGGGAGCAGAUCUCCGUCCAGCGACCAGAGGCCAUGGGCCUGGAUCCUCGUGCUUUGAUCGAGGGCCUGACACGCGAUCCUGAAAGGAUCAAUGCCACACGAAAGCGAGUCGCUGAGGUUUAUGAGAAGCACUUUGGAACAUAUCAGAGCCGCAUCACUGCCCUGCUCCGUUCUGCUGUGCUUUGGAAGCAGGCCUGGCAGGAGAGAGAGAGGAGCACAUUGCGCAUGCUGGCGGAUGUGUUUGUGAAGGAGCAUCCGGACAAGGUGCUGAAAUACCUGUCAGCGGAUAGAGCAGACGAAGCUAGAACGACAAAUGGCACCAGCGCUCGCUAG